CCAACCAAUUAUUCAAUAUCUAACGACAGGCUGACUUUCAGCUCACCAGCCAACCAUGGAAAACCAACGUGCAGGGAUCCAUGAUUUGCUUUAACUGAGCUUUGAAUCCAAGAGAAUCUCUUUCCAAGAUUCCACACUACAGCCUUUUCCCAUUGUUGACCCGUCUCUGCUUCUUUGUUAUUUGCUCUUUUUUUUUUUCCAAGGUCUCCUUCAGUCUGCAAAUGUUGCAGGCUUCAUUUUGCGGUAGCUGUCUGAAAGUUUCUGACGCAAUAAAUUGUUUAAGGGUUGCUUUUGGUGGUGGGCGACCGGAGAUGGCAAGUAACAAGGAUUUGUUCCUUCUGGAUUUUCCAGGCAUUGCAUCCGUGAUCUCCGUGCCAACUGAGAGGAUUAUCUGUAGUGGCUUGAAAAUGUAUCUGGUGGAAAGCAAAGGAGGUGCCAUAGCCUGCAUGCUGCUUGCUCUGUUCUUUUUGGGCACAUGGCCUGCUAUCAUGACACUACUAGAAAGACGAGGUCGGCUUCCUCAACAUACUUAUCUUGAUUAUACUCUGACAAAUCUUUUGGCUGCUAUAGUUAUAGCUUUAACAUUUGGUGAAAUUGGCAAGGGCAGUCCAGAGCAGCCAAAUUUUAUUGCUCAACUUUCCCAGGAUAAUUGGCCCUCUGUUUUGUUUGCAAUGGCCGGUGGGGUGGUUCUUAGCCUUGGAAAUUUGUCUACACAGUAUGCUUGGGCUUUUGUUGGUUUGUCAGUGACAGAAGUGAUCACCGCAAGCAUUACUGUUGUUAUAGGCACAACCUUGAAUUAUUUCUUGGAUGACAAAAUCAAUAGAGCUGAAAUCCUUUUCCCAGGUGUCGGUUGCUUCUUAAUAGCUGUUUGUCUUGGAUCAGCCGUUCACUCGUCCAAUGCUGCAGAUAAUAAAGCAAAGCUUAUCGAGCUUAGAGAGGCUGGAUAUCCCUCCGCAUCAAAAGAGGCAACUACAAAUAAGGAAUUAAAGGAUCUGGAGAAUGCGAAUGGCACUACAGAGAAGGCAAGGGCAGGAACUGCUGACUUCCUUGUAGAGCUAGAGAACAGAAGAGCAAUUAAGGUGUUUGGGAAGAGCACUUUCGUUGGGCUGGCCAUAACUUUCUUCGCUGGUGUUUGCUUUUCUCUCUUCUCACCAGCAUUCAACUUGGCAACUAAUGAUCAAUGGCACACUUUGAAGGAAGGGGUUCCCAAGUUGGUUGUCUAUACUGCAUUUUUUUACUUUUCAGUCUCCUGUUUUGUACUUGCCCUCAUCCUAAAUAUCACCUUCCUCUACCGCCCUGUAUUAGACUUGCCCAGAUCAUCAUUUAAGGCUUAUCUCAAUGACUGGAAUGGCAGAGGCUGGGCCUUUUUGGCCGGGUUACUGUGUGGGUUUGGGAAUGGUCUCCAGUUUAUGGGAGGUCAAGCUGCAGGAUAUGCAGCAGCAGAUGCUGUUCAGGCACUUCCACUUGUGAGCACAUUUUGGGGCAUACUUUUGUUUGGAGAAUACCGAAGAUCAUCCCGAAGAACAUAUAUAUUGCUCGGUAGCAUGUUGUUUAUGUUCAUUGUGGCUGUGGCGGUUCUUAUGGCAUCAUCAGGGCAUCGAAAAUGAGUAUGCAGCUGUAAGUUCUUCUCUGGGGAUUCCAGUACUCAUGGCUUGAUGAAUUACUUAAAUGCACAGCAUUUGCUUGGUUCUGAUGCACAUGUCAAGAAAUUGUUUGGCAGGUGCUUCCAAGCAUUGCAAGUAGAUUAUUCCUUGUACUUGUUGGUAGGAAAACACAAACGCACACACAAAAGGCAGACAAGCAGCAUUGCUAAUGAAGAUUAAAGAAGUGGUGGAAACAGAAAUGGGAUGGAAAAAGUGCUAGCCAAAAUGUAAAAUAAAUGAAGAAAAAUAAUUGAUAAUUAUAUUUCUCUUUACAAUAAAUCCCAUUUGAUUCUUUGUCA